GCUUCCUGGCAUGCAGAAGGAAUUGCCAGACCUGUUUCGGAGACCUGGCUGGAAGGGGGGAGCUAGAACAGACGCACAUCCCCGCCCCUGGCCAGGGGCUGGAGGAGUCGGUAGCCCCUUUGCAAAAGGCAGGGACACUUGGAGAUGGAAGGAAGGCUCCAUUGAACUAGCUCUGGCGCGGCCCCACCCGGCGGGACCCGUGUCCGGGUCCGGCCGCUUUCAUUGGGCGGAGGAGAGCUUGGAAGCUCUGGGCUCUUAGAUCACUGCCCCCCAUGCCUCUAGCGACUUCCGCGUUUCCCCUGCGGGGAGUCGGGGGUGGGGGGGCGAGGACCGGGAUUGUGGUGCCAAUCCUUCCACGGGAGGAAUAGGAGAGGGCGGGGGAGGAGGAGGAGGAGAGGAGGAGGAGAAAUAGGAAAUUAAGCAAGGGUGGGGGUGGGGAACUCCUCGGUGGGAGAGACUUGGCUGGAAGCAUCAGAUUACACUUGAUCUGCUUGUCCCGAGGUGAUCUCCCGCACCUACCCCUCCCUGGCCUCCCCCACUGACAGCCUCGUAAGUACCGGGUUGUAGCUGAUUAGAGUUGCUAAGCAAAGCCACAUCCCUGACCAUAGGAACAAGCGUCUCCUGCUCCCUACUCUGUUUCGGGAAGAUCAGCUUUAAGAUUAAGAAAUGGCAUUUCAUAAGGCAGUAAAAGGGACAGCUCUGGUUGGAGGAGGUGCACUUGCCACUGUGCUAGGCCUCUCUCAGUUUGCUCAUUACAGAAGGAAGCAAGUCAACUUAGCCCAUGUCGAAGCAGCAGAUUGUUUCCUAGAAACUAACCUAAAGGAACUUCCUUCAAGAGAAGCUCAGCUUGCAAGUCUCCAGAGCACGACCGAGUUUGAUAUCCUUGUUAUUGGUGGAGGAGCAACAGGAUCUGGCUGUGCAUUAGAUGCUGUGACUAGAGGACUAAGAACAGCCCUUGUAGAAAGAGAUGAUUUCUCAUCAGGGACCAGCAGCAGAAGCACUAAGCUCAUCCAUGGUGGGGUGAGAUAUCUUCAGACGGCCAUCACGAGCCUGGAUUAUGAGCAGUAUAGGAUGGUGAAAGAAGCACUUCAUGAGCGUGCCAACCUGCUCGAGAUUGCUCCCCAUUUAUCUCAUGCACUACCUAUAAUGCUUCCGAUUUACAAGUGGUGGCAGUUACCUUACUACUGGAUAGGAAUAAAACUCUAUGACCUGGUUGCAGGAGCUAAUUGCCUGAAAAGCAGUUAUGUCCUUAGUAAGACAAGAGCACUUGAACAUUUUCCGAUGCUACAGAAGGACAAGCUGGUAGGAGCUAUUGUCUACUAUGACGGACAACACAAUGAUGCAAGGAUGAACCUUGCCAUCGCACUCACUGCUGCCAGGUAUGGUGCUGCCAUUGCCAAUUAUAUCGAAGUGAUGUGUUUGUUGAAGAAGAGGGAUCCAAAGACUGGGGAAAUGUGUGUAAGUGGCGCACAUUGCAAGGAUUUGCUAACAGGGCAAGAAUUUGAUGUGAGAGCCAAAUGUGUUAUCAAUGCUACGGGACCUUUCACAGACUCGCUGCGCAAAAUGGAUAAUCAGGCCCUUACCAACAUCUGUCAGCCAAGUGCUGGGGUACACAUUGUGAUGCCUGGUUAUUACAGCCCAGAGAGUAUGGGACUGCUUGACCCUGCCACCAGUGAUGGACGAGUUAUUUUCUUCUUGCCUUGGGAAAAGAUGACCAUAGCUGGAACAACUGACAGCCCAACUGAUGUCACCUCACAUCCUAUUCCUUCGGAGGAUGAUAUUAACUUCAUUUUGAAUGAAGUACGAAAUUACCUAAGUUGUGAUGUUGAAGUGAGAAGAGGGGAUGUUCUAGCAGCUUGGAGUGGAAUUCGGCCCCUUGUUAUAGAUCCUAAAUCUAAAGAUACCAAGUCAAUCUCUCGGAAUCAUGUUGUUGAUACCAGCAAGAGUGGCCUUAUUACCAUAGCAGGUGGAAAAUGGACAACAUACCGUGCCAUGGCUGAAGAUACUAUAGAUACUGCUAUCAGAAAUCACAAUUUUAGAGCAGGGCCAUGUAAGACAGUUGGGCUUUUCCUGCAGGGUGGUAGGGAUUGGAGCCCUACUUUGUACAUUAGACUGGUUCAGGAUUAUGGACUUGAAAGUGAGGUGGCUCAACAUCUUGCUUCCACUUAUGGUGACAAGGCCUUCGAGGUAGCCAAAAUAGCAUGUGUAACUGGAAAAAGAUGGCCCAUAGUUGGAGUGCGUCUUGUGUCUGAAUUCCCAUACAUUGAAGCAGAGGUGAAAUAUGGAAUUAAAGAAUAUGCAUGCAGUGCAGUGGAUAUCAUUGCACGCCGCACUCGACUUGCCUUUCUCAAUGUCCAGGCUGCAGAGGAAGCUCUGCCUAAGAUUGUUGAACUGAUGGGAAGAGAAUUGAAUUGGAAUGAUGAAAGGAAAAAGGCGGAACUCGAUUGCGCAACAAGAUUUCUGUACUAUGAAAUGGGCUACAGGUCUCGAUCAGAGCAAUUAACAGAUCUUUGUGAAAUUAGCCUUCAGCCUGCCGAUAUUGAAAGGUACAAGAAGAGAUUUCACAUGUUUGAUAAAGAGCAAAAAGGCUUUAUUACCAUAAUUGAUGUUCAGCGGGUGCUAGAGAGCAUCAAUGUUCAAAUGAAUCAAAAUACACUACAUGAAAUUCUCAACGAAGUAGACUUGAAUAAAAAUGGAGUGGUUGAACUCAAUGAAUUUUUGCAGCUGAUGAGCGCUGUCCAAAAAGGAAUGGUAUCUGGAAGCCGUCUGGCAAUACUCAUGAAGACUGCCGAGGAAAACCUGGAUUCAAGAUCUCCCAUUCCAGUGGAUCGAAGUUGUGGAGGAUUGUGAGUCUGAGCAGAUUAUAAAACAAAAACAAAAGCCAACAAAUAACAGAAACAACAACAACAACAAAGCACUGUGCUAGAAACAACUUAUUUCUCCUAACUAAUGGAUAUGGGUAGCUACCAUUUUUUUUUUAACCACUGGGAAACAUUCCAAACUUCUUAAGAUCUCUGUGUUGUCCCUGAUUUGUAGUUGCCUUUCGGCAUAGCUUAUAAAAAGGGCAUUUUACCUUUAUAUUUAAUGCAGAUCUUAAUACUCUACUUCUGGCCUGUUAGAAUGGACAUGCUUUUAUGAGUUUUCAAAGCAGGAUGUUUUGGCAGAAAUUCAAGGAAGAACUUGGAGAAGAUUUGCUGACAGCUACCUGUGUUCAUUAAACUUUUAGAUAGCCUUUACUCUUGAAAAAGAAGGGGCAUGAAGAAUGACCCCUUUGGAAAUGAUAGCAAGGAUUUCUUCCUUCCACCUUGUCCUCCUUGCCUUACUUUUACAAUAUUGUUCAAUUUUCUAUUUCAAGGUGUGACUGCCAAAACUUAAAAAAAAAAAAAAGUUUAGAUCUGGUUUCAGGAGUAAACCACAAAGAGAAAGUCUGAAAGCUUCCCAAAUCACAGGUAUAGAUAAGGAUAGCGUUGACAUUUACUGAGUCUUACAGUGAUAGUUUCAUCUCGGCAGUUCAUUUUUUUUUUAACAGUGGCUGCUGGUUUUUCUUUGAAUGCUGAGGUUGCCAGGAAGAUCCUUGAUUUCCUUGCUUUGAGACUAGCAUGGAAAUGGCACAUUUGGGUGUAACAAGGAUUAACCCAAAAUUUCCAUCUCUUUAUAGUGAUACUUUAAUGGUGGAAAUGUAUUGCUAUUAGCAUAUGUAUAAAAAGCACAAGUUUCCAGCCCCAGAUCUUACUUUUGAGGGAGCAGGUAAUAUUGGCUUAAUAUUGGUUUAAACUGAGCCUUGCUGCACUGGUUUUGUGCAUUUAGCAAAGAAAUAGUGGUGAAAAAAUAGAAAUGAAAUACUUUAGUUUGCUCAUUCCAAAUAUUAACCACAAGCACAAAGUUAUGGUGCUGGUUUCUUUCUUUUUUUUUCUUUAAUCCUUAAACACGUUUUCCCUUUUGUCCUCUUAAAGAAAAAACAUGACAUUUUAAGGAAGGACAGUUUAGACAUAUUUUUCUAGCUGCUUGGUUCUAGUUGAACUACCUUCACCUGGUAGGUUGUCUCUUGGCUCUUCCCAGUGUGAAUUGAAGCCAUUUGAGCUUUUGCAAGGAUGAGGUUCUGAAAUAGAAGCAAAUACCACUCUUUGAGGGAACCUUUUUACUACCACACCUGGAAGUCUUAGUUUUAAAAUCCAUUACCCAAAUGGACAAACCAAAGCACAGGGGUGUUUCCUUUUAGCAUAAGACAGCAAAUUUAAUGCCUUCCUCUGUCAAGUCUCUCAUAUUUAUUUCACUAUUAAGACUCUGAAUGGUAUAAAAUUUAAAAAAAAACAAUAGUAUGAAUCAAAAUACAUUUUUAAAAAAAAAGACCAUUUCAAUUCUGUGAACAUUUUUUAAGUGCUUGUUACUUGCAUGGCACUGUACAAGACUACAGAAAUGGAAAAGAACCUUCCCACAAGGAGCUUAGCUUAUAGGCCUUUGCCAUAAGGGAAAGUGCAGUCAAGGCAACGAUACAUCUGGAUUUUGUGGCAACAGUCUUCUUUUAAGGUUCCAGCCAUUAUUUUUCUAAAUGGUGGCAGAAAUAGGACAAUUCAGUAUUGCUCUCAAAACAUAAUAAAUUCAUCUGUCCAAAGCCUAAAAAAGCCCUGACAGGGAGAAAAGUUAUUUUCAAAAUAAAUUUUUUAUGUGUGUGUGUGUUUGUCUGGGAUGAAAUAUUGUAAUUUUGUGUGUUUGGUUUCCCUCUCUUUCUCUUUCUCUAGUUAAAUCAAGAUAAUGAUGACUUAUAUCUCCCUCAACCUAAUACAGUAGGAAAUUGACUUUUGCUUAGGAACUCAGAUUCCUUUGCUAGAUCUGCAUUUGUUAGGUAGGCCUUGUGCAUGUUUAGCUGGGUGUGAGGUCUUGCAUCAGUUUUCUCCUAAAAUCUGCUGAGUCUGAAUCUGUACUUUUUCACGAGAUCUAGAAACUUUGUCUUGGGAAUUGGCUGGUGCCAACAUUUUUAUUUUUCAAACUGUGAAUAAAGCAUACAGGCAUUUUUGUGUCAUGUCUUAAAUGAACAUGUGAGGGGAUACCUGAUAAUAACUUUUGGAAAAAUGGAAUUCUCCCUGAAACCUAUUCCAGUUAGUCUUACAAAGUGAUUUUUGAGAGCCUUUUUACAGGGGUUCAAGCUGAAAAAAAUCCUGUCUGUGUUGAAAACUGUGUAGGUGGUGGACAAAAAUAGUUCUCCACCAAAGUAGUAGCAAUAGUGAUAAAAUAAGGCCUGUUCAUAGACCACAGUUGUCUGCCACAUACCCAGUGUACCAUUUCUUGAUUUCAAUCAGUGUAUCCUGAGUAGAACUUCAGGAUUUCUCCUGCAUGCCCCUUCAUUCUGUUUUAAAUUCUGGCUUUGUUUGGCCUUUCUUCAUGGUAUGUGGAAUGCUAGCUUUCUCUUGUACUCUGGCAAAAACUGCAUUCUUAUUUUUGAUAGGUUAAAAAAUGCAAGGGUCGAUCAUUGAAUUAAUUAUCCCACAUUUUAUGUAUUUAAGAAAAAGCUGUUGGCAUAUGAAUGUAAUAAUGGUGAAACCAAUGCAGUUGUAUCUUUGUACUGUUUUGCAUUAUUUCAGUCCUAUGGGUGGUCCAGGGGAGAACCUUCCUUACUAUGUGUGAAACUAGAAACAAAAUACCAACAGCUACAAGCGCUGUGCUGGCAUGGAUAGACAUACUGCAUGUUUUUACAUGUGGCACUUUUAUGUAUUAUGUUAGGUUAUUGUUCUAGAUUGGACUGUUAAAUACUGUGUUUGAGGCUGGGUUGUCAUUUUUAUAACUGUCUUGGUGUUUUAUUGCCAUUAUUUAUUACUUUUGAUAUACAGAAUGAGCUGCAUGCAUUUAUAGAGCAAUAAGAGGAUGUAUUUAAUGUGCCUUGUUUUUAACUGAAUAAGAACUGAAAGCAUGAAUCAAUAAAACUGAUUAAAAUGGUCCA